AUGAAUAUAGGAGGUAUGAUCAAUAAGUUCACAGGUGACACGAAAAUUGGUGGUGUCGGCUGCAAGUGGUUGAUGCAACAACUGCGACAGUAUCUGACAGCAAAACAUGGCACUGAGGCAGUGGAAAUGCUCUUCAAAGACAUGGACAAUAUCUUCAUCAAAAGUUUGCAGAGUGUCCAAACAGUGAUCAUUAAUGACAAGCACUGCUUUGAACUGUAUGGAUACGACAUUCUGAUUGACAAGAACCUGAAACCGUGGCUUUUGGAGGUCAAUGCUUCUCCUUCACUGAUAGCCAGCAGCCCGGAAGAUUAUGAGCUGAAAUGCCGUUUGUUGGAGGACACAGUGCAUGUUGUAGACAUGGAAGGAAGACUAUCCGGGAAGGAGAAACAGAUUGGAGGAUUUGACCUCAUAUGGAAUGAUGGCCCGGUUUAUAGUGACGAUGGGAACUUCGAUGGAGGCAUCAAUCUCAUUGCUAACACUCACUUGGGUUGCAUCAAUGACAGGAAGAAGCAGUUGUGGCAUCUCUUUAAACCCCUGAUUACACAGAAGAAAUAGCAGCAGUGAGCAGUGUUGUAGGAACUGAUGAAGAAUCCAUACAUUGUGGUAGCCCCUGUCCCACAUGGGGUAGCAACCUGUACCUGAACUGGAAUACAGGCCAGGGCAGCCUGUCUGCAAGUGUUCAUAUGUCCCUGUUUACCAGUCUGUACCCUACCCUGCAUCACACUGCAAAAGUAUAUCUAAUCUCUGAAAGAUGA